AUGAUAAUUGAGGUGUGCGUACUGGAAGCUCUCGUCGGCCGCGACUUCCUGCCGAGGGGUUCUGAAAUCUGCACGCGCCGGCCAUUGGUGCUUCAGCUCUUGCAGACCAAGACUGGCGAGGAGUAUGGGGAGUUCUUGCACCUACCUGGGAAGAAAUUCUACGACUUCUCUGAAAUUAGGAGGGAAAUUCGUGCUGAGACUGAUCGGGAGGCCGGAGGAAAUAAAGGUGUCUCAGACAAGCAAAUUCGUCUGAAGAUCUUUUCACCAAAUGUUCUUGAUAUAACUUUGGUUGAUCUUCCUGGUAUAACUAAAGUUCCAGUUGGAGAUCAACCUUCUGAUAUUGAAGCUCGCAUUAGGACAAUGAUUUUGUCAUACAUUAAAGUUCCAAGCUGUUUGAUUCUUGCUGUUUCACCAGCAAAUUCAGAUUUAGCUAACUCAGAUGCUCUUCAGGUUGCCGGAAAUGCUGAUCCUGAUGGUCUUAGAACGAUUGGGAUAAUCACAAAGCUAGACAUAAUGGAUAGAGGCACUGAUGCACGGAAUCUUUUGUCUGGAAAAGUUAUUCCCUUGCGACUUGGCUACUUUGGUGUUGUGAAUCGAAGUCAGGAGGAUAUUUCACACAACCGGAGUAUUAAAGAUGCACUUAUAGCUGAGGAGAAAUUUUUUCACAGCCAUCCAGUAUAUGAUGGUCUGGCUGAUCGUUGCGGUGUUCCUCAAUUGGCAAAGAAGUUGAACCAGAUUUUGGUGCAACAAAUCAAGGCAAUUCUACCUGGGUUAAAGUCACGCAUAAACUCUGCACUAGUUUCAGCUGCCAAGGAGCAUGCCAGUUACGGAGAAAUCAUGGAGUCAAAGGCUGGUCAAGGUGCUCUUCUUCUGAACAUUUUAUCAAAAUAUUGUGAAGCAUUUUCAUCUAUGGUUGACGGGAAGAAUGAAGAAAUGUCAACAUCUGAGCUCUCGGGUGGAGCUCGUAUUCACUAUAUCUUUCAAUCAAUCUUUGUGAAGAGUUUAGAGGAAGUGGAUCCAUGUGAGGACUUGACUGAUGAUGACAUCCGAACUGCCAUCCAGAACGCAACUGGUCCUAAAUCUGCUUUAUUUGUUCCUGAAGUUCCUUUUGAAGUUCUUAUUCGCAAGCAAAUAUUUCGCUUAUUAGAUCCAAGCCUUCAGUGUGCAAGGUUCAUAUAUGAUGAACUAGUAAAGAUUAGCCAUCAUUGUGUGGUAAAUGAGCUACAGAGGUUUCCUGUUUUAAGAAAGCGCAUGGAUGAAGUUAUGAGCAAUUUUUUGCGAGAGGGUCUCGAACCCUCAGAGACUAUGAUUGGGCAUAUUAUUUAUAUGGAGAUGGACUACAUAAACACUUCACACCCUAAUUUUCUUGGUGGGAGCAAGGCUGUUGAGAUUGCAUUGCAACAAGUCAAAUCCUCUAGGGUUUCCCUGCCUAUCUCCAGACAGAAGGAUGGUCUAGAGCUUGACAAGGCAAUGGCAUCAGAGAGAAGUUUGAAAAGUCGUGGAAUUCUGGCGAGGCAACUAAAUGGGAUAGUAGCUGAUCAGGCUGUUCGUCCAUUGGCAGAAGGUGAAAAAGUUACCGUGUCUGGAGGCACAGGGAGUUCAAGUUGGGGGAUUUCAUCUAUUUUUGGUAGCAGUAGCAGUGAUAACCGUGCUUCUGCUAAAGAAAUUUCACCUAAAAAAUCAUUUGAUGAGCCUACCCAUAGUAUGGAGCAAUCAGUGAUCCAGUUAAGAGAGCCACCAACUGUCUUGAGGCCCUCAGAAAGUCAUACGGAGCAGGAGGCUAAUGAAAUUGCUAUAACUAAACUACUAUUAAGAUCAUACUAUGACAUUGUUAGGAAUAAAAUAGAGGACUCUGUACCUAAAGCCAUCAUGCACUUUCUGGUCAAACAUACCAAACGAGAACUGCACAAUGUGUUCAUUAGAAAACUUUACAGAGAGAACCUAUUUGAAGAGAUGUUGCAGGAGCCUGAUGAUGUGGCAACGAAGAGAGGGCGUACAAGGGAAACUCUCCGUGUACUUCAGGAGGCUUUUCGGACAUUGGAUGAAUUACCUUUGGAGGCUGAAACAGUUGAAAAGGGAUAUAAUGUGGGUUCCGACCCCAUGGGAUUACCGAAGAUCUGUGGACUGCCACCAUUAUCCAUGUAUUCUACAUCCAGUUCCGGUGAUCCAUUUUCUGCUUCUCCAAGGCAUCUGAAAUCCCGCAAGUCAUCUCCAUCAGGGGAGCUUUUAACUUCAUUCCAUCCUAGUGCUGGUUCUAAUGGAGGUGGAUUCCCCUACAUGCCGGGCCAUUAUUCAUCUGCCGAUCCGUAUGACUUCUGAAUGUUCAUAAGAGUCCAGUCAUACCUAAUGAAGCCAAUAUAUUCGAUUUACUGCUCGACAAGCGCGGUUUUGGAGUUUUACCAACCAGAACUGGAUUGAUGGGGAGCUAGCUCCUUCUACUAACUAAGAUUACAUCAAAGAUCAAAAUAAUUUUUUCCUCUGCACAUCCUUCUGUGUUCCUUGAUAUAUUUUAGUGUUAGAUUGCAUUAUUUCUAAAGCUGCCAUUAGAAUAAAUAGGGAGCAGAUGGAAAACUAGUCACUCCAUUUUUGGAAGCCAGCCAGCUGGUUGUAAAAAUAUUUUGCAGUGAAAGUGUCCAGAGAAAUAAUUAGUCACUCAAAUGGCUAAUUUUGCAGCUGCUGUAGUUCAUCAAUUGUAAUUUUAUUUAUUUAUUUUUAUGAUUCUUGUAACUAUGCUGCUCCACAUCAUAUCAUAUUGAGGGGUUUUGUAUUUUUGUUAUUGCGAUUUUGAGGUCUUCUUAUGUGUAACCGAAUAAUGAGCUAUUUUCAAAAUAAUUUGUUCCAA